UGGCCAAAGGGGUUGGUGCUGAAAACUAAGGAUGUGUGGUUAUGAGGACAUCCAGCAGAAGAGGCAACCAGACUGAUCAAUUGAACAGUGGGAUCCAGUUGGAUGCGUAGACGGAGAGGCACGCGUUGUAAUGUAGGCAAACCAAUGAAUGGCUCGUGCAAUCAUCUGGCGGGGACACGAGCUGAUGAUUCCAGCUGCCGACGAUCACACACGAGACAGCCACUUGCCCAUCAUUCAUCUUCCUCCUCACCAAAAUCCCUCUCCUUGCUUCCUGUCACAACCCCAUGAAUCGACUGUAGGGAUUGUAAGGAAUAGGACAAGGAAAGCAAAGAGGGAGAGAGCGAGGAAGAGAAAGAGGGAGGGAGCUGGAAGAGGAGGAGGGAAGGAGGAGAGAGCAACACCACCGACUGACUACCUGCUCGAGCGAAACACUGGCUGAGGACACGCGCGCGCACGGUCGAUCGCUCGCAGAGAAGCAACACAAUACUCGGACACGAAACUAUUCAAAGAAUUUGGGAAUUUUUGGAGAGGAGACCAAUUACAAACAGCCUUGAAGUGAAAAAGUGAACAGUCAUGCAUCUGAAUCGCGAGGACGAGGAUAACAAAGGCUCAGUGUCUCUCAGCGUGUUCCUGGUGUCUCUGGGCCUGACGGUGUGUGUGGUGUGGCUGGUGGCCCUGUGUGGUGUCUGCGGUUGGUGUCAGCGCAAGCUGGGCAAGAGGAACAAGCCUGGAGUGGAGCCAGCAGACACCCCAGACUCUUCCCGAGGCCGAGGGGAAAACAAAGGCCUGAACGAUCUAGACAGGGACUUUUGGAAUAACAAUGACAGCAGCACUGUGCAGCAGCGCUGGAGCUCCUACCCGCCCAAGGAGUUCCUCCUAAACAUGUCCCCCUAUGCCCCCUACGGAGACCCUCGCCUCACGCCCAAUGGGACAGUGGAGAAAGGGGAGGCGGGCGGGGGAGGGUCGGGGAGGGGGCCCAAUCGCAGUGACAGCCUAAAGAGCAUGGUGGCAGGGGGCAGCAAGGCCGGCAAAUGGCAGACGGUCCAGAGCCACCUGCAAUCCGGAGGCCUGAGGUCCAGCAACUUUGGGGACCCCUCCCUGUCCUCUGCCUCCACCCUGGAGCACAUCCCUAACUCGGCCGCCCGCCCACGGCCCCUGGUGAGGCAGCAGAGCCUCCAGCAGCCCCUAACCCACCAGCCUCCGCCGGGCCCCAACGACCCCCCGGCCACAUCUCAGAGCCUGGGCCAGCUGCACACGGGGCCGGGCGGCGGGGGGCACCGGGGAGGUCCGCGGGGGGUUCGUGGUAGUCCGGCUGGAGCAGGGUCCUCACGAUACAGGGGGGGCGGAGGAGGAGGGAGGUCUCGCUCCAACCCGGGCAGCGUGGACCACGUGAUGGUACAGAUUCGCCGCAGAGGCCUGGACGUCAAGUCGUUCCUGGAAGGGAAGAUGGUUGUUUUAUCCCUGGCGAUCGGAUUGGCCGAACAAGAUGACUUUGCCAACCUUCCAGACCUUCAAGAGGCACCAGCGGGCCAAGAAACACCACCCCCCGACAAGAGGGGCGCCAACAACAAGCCAGGAAGCAGCCCCAGGGGUCAGACACCAGACGAGGCGGGCCGCUCCUCAGUGUCAGACCUGGCCAACUCACUCACCAGCGACAUGCUAAUGCUGUCUCCUGGCUCAGAGGAGGAGGAUCAUGGGGAGGGUCCUGUGGUUGAGAAGCUCGGGCGCAUCCAGUUCAGUCUGGGCUAUAAUUUCCAGGACUCCACUCUCACAGUCAAGAUAUUGAAGGGCCAGGACCUACCUGCCAAGGAUUUUUCAGGAACCUCCGACCCCUUCGUCAAAAUAUACCUGCUGCCUGACAAGAAGCACAAACUGGAGACCAAGGUCAAAAGGAAGAACCUCAAUCCGCACUGGAACGAGACAUUCCUCUUCGAAGGAUUCCCUUACGAAAAGGUCGUCCAGCGCGAACUGUACCUGCAGGUCCUAGAUUAUGACCGCUUCAGCAGAAAUGACCCGAUAGGAGAGGUGUCCAUUCCCCUCAACAAAGUGGACCUGGCGCACAUGCAGACCUUCUGGAAGGAGCUUCAGCCAUGCAGUGAUGCGAGCGGGAGUCGAGGGGACCUGCUGGUGUCGCUCUGCUACAACCCCACAGCCAACACAAUCACUGUGAGCAUCAUCAAGGCACGGAACCUCAAAGCCAUGGACAUCGGAGGAACCUCCGAUCCUUAUGUGAAAGUAUGGCUGAUGCACAAAGACAAGCGGGUGGAGAAGAAGAAGACCGUGGUGAUGAAGUGCUGUUUGAAUCCCGUCUUCAACGAGUCCUUCCCCUUCGACGUCCCAGCCCACAUCCUGAGAGAAACCACCAUCAUCAUCACUGUCAUGGAUAAAGACAAGUUUAGUCGCAAUGAUGUCAUCGGCAAGCUCUACCUGUCCUGGAAGAGUGGCCCGGCGGAGGUGAAGCACUGGAAGGACAUGAUGGGUCACCCCCGCACCACUGUGGCCCAGUGGCACCCUCUGAAGGCCUGAAACAGCCCUCCCUCAACUCCACCCUCAACUGCCCCUCCCCCCAAACAAAUGAAAAAAGUCACGUGUACCCCCCUGUGUGCCCUCCACCCAGUCAAUAUGCACAAGGCUGUCUGUCUCGCUGCCACAUGGGUACAAAUAGCCAUCCAACACAUCCCCUUCUCACCGUCUUUGCAUUUUCUCUCUUUCUCUCUCUCCUCUGUCAGCUAGUCUUCACUC